AAGGCCCACCAUCCUUUCCAUCAGGGCCGCUUGGAAACACCAUUAUUGACAGGAUGCUUUGACAAGGAGACGCGAUGCCGCCGAAAGCGGGAAGACUUUAACCAGCGCUACGCAGAUGUGCCAUUCCUUCACCUGUAGGAGAGGAGAGUGCAUCGCUCACAAACCAGAGCCCCCCAAGCGAGCCCCCUGGGAUCCUGCUUCCUACUCCAGCCACCAUGCAGAACAGUCACAGCGGCGUCAAUCAGCUCGGCGGCGUGUUCGUGAACGGUCGGCCGCUGCCCGAUUCCACCCGGCAGAAAAUCGUGGAGCUCGCCCAUAGCGGGGCUCGGCCGUGCGACAUCUCCCGAAUCCUGCAGACCCAUGCAGAUGCAAAAGUCCAAGUGCUGGACAAUCAAAACGUAUCGAAUGGCUGUGUGAGUAAAAUUCUGGGCAGGUAUUACGAAACUGGCUCCAUCCGACCGCGGGCAAUCGGAGGUAGUAAGCCGAGAGUAGCGACUCCAGAAGUUGUAAGCAAAAUAGCACAGUAUAAACGGGAGUGCCCCUCCAUCUUUGCUUGGGAGAUCCGAGACAGAUUACUAUCGGAGGGGGUCUGUACCAACGAUAAUAUACCCAGCGUCUCGUCGAUCAACAGAGUCCUCCGCAACCUGGCUAGCGAAAAGCAACAGAUGGGGGCCGACGGAAUGUAUGACAAGCUCAGGAUGCUCAAUGGGCAAACCGGGACGUGGGGGACCAGGCCCGGGUGGUACCCGGGGACAUCCGUGCCAGGGCAGCCGACGCAAGAUGGCUGCCCACAACAGGAAGGAGCGGGUGAAAACACCAACUCCAUCAGUUCAAACGGUGAAGAUUCAGAUGAGGCUCAAAUGAGACUCCAGCUGAAAAGGAAGCUGCAAAGAAAUCGGACUUCCUUUACCCAAGAACAAAUCGAAGCGCUUGAGAAAGAAUUUGAGAGAACUCAUUAUCCUGAUGUCUUUGCCAGAGAGAGACUAGCUGCCAAAAUAGACUUGCCUGAAGCAAGAAUACAGGUGUGGUUUUCCAACCGAAGGGCCAAGUGGAGACGGGAAGAGAAGCUAAGGAACCAGAGAAGACAAGCCAGUAACACCCCCAGUCAUAUUCCCAUCAGCAGUAGUUUCAGCACAAGUGUCUACCAACCAAUUCCACAACCGACGACACCUGUUUCCUCUUUCACAUCAGGUUCAAUGCUGGGCAGAACAGACACCGCGCUAACAAACACAUACAGUGCUUUGCCACCCAUGCCUAGCUUCACAAUGGCUAACAACCUGCCUAUGCAACCCCCAGUACCCAGCCAGACUUCCUCCUACUCUUGCAUGCUGCCCACAAGUCCGUCAGUAAAUGGGAGGAGCUAUGAUACAUACACCCCUCCUCACAUGCAGACACAUAUGAACAGCCAGCCGAUGGGCACUUCUGGCACCACUUCAACAGGUCUAAUUUCUCCUGGAGUGUCAGUUCCUGUUCAAGUUCCCGGCAGUGAACCUGAUAUGUCUCAGUAUUGGCCAAGAUUACAGUAAACCAUGUGUUGAUUUUGUAAAUUGCUAUAUGGACAACAGUUGGAGGUUCAGCAGUCUUUUCUAAAAGAAGAAUGGCUUUCAAAGUACUUCAGCCCUGUGACUGUGCCCUAGACGUAACACAUGGAGAAAGACUUUAACAUGGACCUUUGCAUACUGAAGGCAUUAUAUCAGUUGGAACAAAUCUUCAUUUUGGUACCCAAACUUUUAUUCAUUUUGGUGUAUUAUUUGUAAAUGGGCAUUUGUAUGUUAUAAUGAGAAAAAAAAGAACAAUGUAGACUGAAUGGAUGUUUGCUUUUGUGUUGGUCAUGAAGUUGUUUUUUUAAAAAAAGGAAGCCAUGAUCAACAAGCUUUGCCACGAUUUAAGAGUUUUAUCAAGCUAUAUCGAAUACUUCUACCAAUCUGUUCAUAGAUUUCAGACUGAUGCUCCAAGUUUGUAUCAUUCCAUUGCAUAUAAUUCAACCUGGAACAAUACGCACUAGAUUUCUGUAAGAAAAAUAUCUGUUGGGAUUUCCAAAGGUUAUUAACAGAUGACACUUACAUGCAAACAAGGGUGAAGAGAGAACUUCAAAGAAGAAAAGUUUGAUAGGGAAAGGGUAGAUUGUGUCUUCGAUAUAAUCCAAUUUGUUUUAUGUCAAAAUGUAAGUAUUUGUCUUCCCUAGAAAUCUCCCAGAAUGAUUUCUAUAAUAAAGUUAAUUUCAUUUA